UCUAUGUUCGUCAUUUCUGGCAACUGGCAAGUGCAAAUAGUGUGUGAAUGUGACAGCGAGAUUAAAUUAUAAUAUUUCCCUUCGAACUUGAACUUUGUUUAUGUUCAUUAAUAUAACUUGAUAUUGAUUUUAAACAAGACCUAUCAAUAUGCCGCGGUUCCACACGGUAGAAAUUAAUAAGACAGAAUGGAUUGUACCUGAAAGAUAUCAAAUGCUUACACCUGUAGGAUCCGGGGCUUACGGUCAAGUUUGCUCAGCAAUUGAUACCUUGCAUAAUAUGAAGGUAGCAAUAAAGAAAUUAGCGAGACCGUUCCAAUCAGCUGUGCAUGCUAAGCGGACAUACAGGGAGUUGAGGAUGUUAAAGCACAUGAACCAUGAAAAUGUUAUUGGCCUCCUGGAUGUGUUCACUCCUGAAAAGACCCUUGAAGAUUUCCAACAGGUGUACAUGGUGACACACCUGAUGGGAGCAGACUUAAACAACAUUAUCCGUACGCAGAAGUUGUCUGAUGAUCAUGUUCAGUUUCUUGUCUAUCAGAUCCUUCGGGGGCUAAAGUAUAUACAUUCUGCAGGAAUCAUUCACAGGGACCUUAAACCUUCAAACAUUGCUGUCAAUGAAGAUUGUGAGUUAAAAAUUUUAGAUUUUGGUUUAGCGAGACCUACAGAAAUCGAAAUGACGGGAUAUGUAGCUACAAGAUGGUACAGGGCACCAGAGAUCAUGCUUAACUGGAUGCACUAUAAUCAAACUGUAGACAUAUGGUCUGUUGGUUGUAUUAUGGCUGAACUACUUACUGGCAGAACUCUAUUCCCUGGUACAGACCAUAUUGACCAUCUCACAAGAAUAUUAUUUCUGUGCGGAAAGCCUGAUCAAGAAACUAUUGACAAUAAAUUAAGUGAAGAGGCACGUAACUACAUACAGUCGCUGCCCACGAUGAAACGGCGCGAAUUCCGCGAAGUGUUCCGCGGAGCGAACCUGCUUGCGAUAAACCUCCUCGAACUUAUGCUGGAACUCGAUGCUGACAAACGCAUAACAGCGGAACAAGCGCUCGCUCACGAGUACCUGGCGCAGUACGCGGACCCCACGGACGAGCCCGUUUCAGCGCCCUACGACCAGAGCUUCGAGGACGUGGAACUGGACGUCGACAAGUGGAAAGCGCUCGUGUGGCAAGAAGUGGUAGAGUUCAAGCCUCACCCUCAACACAUGAAUACAGUCAUCGAAGUAAACCCCUCAUAAUUUAGAACUGCAGCACCUUAUAGAGAUUAGAAUAUACAUUAUUUCAAAAGCAAUAUUUUUAUAUGAUUACAACGCCAUAGGUUGUUGUAAAUAAACGGGCUAUAAGUUCUAAAGAGUCAAUUUUUAUACGUAUUACAUGUACAUUGUAAUUAUGUUUUACUUUUAUCGGUCAGUAUGUUGUUACAUAUUAAUAAUUAAUCAUUAUUAUUGUAAAAGUUAAUUUUAUUUACUGGUACAGGAAGCAACAGUUACGAUAAUGUUCAACAACUCUUAUGUCUGGAAAACAUUGGCAACAUGUCACCUCAUAAAACGCUACGCGACGCGUGUUGAGCCCAAUCAGAAAAGAAUCAACGUGACUUAUUAAAGGAUUUCUUUGCAUACAAAAAAUAUUUUUAUAAUUUAUUUGACUCAACACGCUUGGCGUCGCGUCGUAUCGCCAGUGGCUUAUUGUAUACUGUCGUUGAUACUCCCAUACCGUUGCCUAGUGCAACGUUUGUACUUUGGUUUGUACCGAAAUGGUAUUUAAAGCUAUUUAUUUCCAAUAUUGUAUGCACUAAAUUGGAAGUUAAAUAUAUCACAGUUACUUCUGCUUUUAGCUUCUAUAGGAGGUUGGCAGACAUUAACUUUACUUGUGUUGGAGAACGUGGGCAUUUGACUUCAAUGAUACUCGUUUUUACAUUUGAUCUAUAAUCGGGCAGUGUACGGUUUACAAUGUUGACAAAAAACUAACUAUACUAUAUAUUAUAUUACAAUAUUAGUUAUUUCACAAACUUUAUACUUCAUUAAUCUAUUGAGAAAAACAUUAAAUACUUGGAUUAGAAUUACGUAAAUCAAAUCAUUACUAUUUAGCAGCAAUUUAAUAUCAAUGAAUUUUGUAGUGACGUCACAAAAUGUAAUAAUAUGGCGUAGCGUAGGUAAUAUUCAGGUUUCAAUCGCUAAUAUUUGGUUAGGCGCUGCUCUAAACGGUGACUUUGUUUCGCAUUAUUAUUUUAAACGGUUUUAAUUCAUAAUGAGUACCUAUAUUUUAGCGCUUUUAACUGUGCUGCAUUUUGGAUAUUGGUAUUGACAAUCCCCGUGCUCCGGAGAGCAUGGUCAGUAGCACAUGUGAUGAUAAUCGUAAUCGGUGGAUCACGUUGUAGGUCGAUGUUUUUAUGUGUUCGGCAGUGAAACUGAUAGGCUGAGAACUAUGGUAUGGGACUAUCAAAGGCGAUAAAUGACCGUGCCAUAAAAAUAUUGUUUAUAUUUUAAUAUGUUUGGAGUUUAUUAUGUCCAUUUAUAAGGUUGUUUUUUUUCAAGCGCAUCUACUAUUUAAUAGUUGGCUCUUUUAGAUAAGUAUUAGUGUUAACGGACGAUCUGAGGAUCUUAUGUAUGCAAUUAAUAAUGAGCUUCUUAAAAAUUAAUAUAUGUAUAUUUGUUUUUUGCUUAAAGAAAGCAGAAAUUUUAUAAUUUUCAUUAUAUUUAUUAUGUUACGGGCAAAGCGAUGUUUACAGUUGGAUAAAAUGGCAUACAAUGUAAUAGGAUGAAGUAAUUGUUAAUCGUCAAUUAACAAUUAUUCAUUGUAAAGUCAACAUUUCCUGAGGAUGCUCCGGUUUCGGAGCGAUACAUGCGUA